AUGUCUAUAUAAUAGAUCAAUAGAAUCUCUAAGAAGAAUUACAGUAGAUCAGAUAUAUAUUUACCAAUCGGAGCUUCAGAGAGAUCCAAAGAGAGAGAUUGAGGAUGUCUCACAGUCACGGGAACGCUUCGUCGGUGAACGAUCCACGGCAGCCUUCGGCGGCAAAGCCUUACAUUCCACGGCCUGUAGCGCCGGAGGAUCUUCCCGUUGACUACUCCGGAUUCAUCGCCGUUAUCCUCGGCGUCUCCGGCGUUAUGUUCAGGUACAAGAUAUGCUCGUGGCUUGCAAUUAUAUUCUGUGCACAAUCUCUGGCCAACAUGAGGAACUUGGAAAAUGAUUUAAAGCAGAUCUCCAUGGCUAUGAUGUUUGCUAUAAUGGGAUUGGUUACAAACUACUUAGGGCCUAACAGACCCGCGACAAAGAAAUAAUCCUCAUGUCUUAAGAGUAGUAUGCUUUUUUUUGAUAAACCUUGUAUGGCUCUUGUUUCCGCACCAGAGAUUGCUAGUGGUUUGUCUUUGUGUUUUCGACUCUCUAAUCCUUGAGUAGCAAACUAGAACCUUGAGCUCUUGCUCAUUUGUGGAGUUCAAAGACUUUUCAGUCCAGAUGCAAAAAAUGUGAAAUCCGACUUUUUCUCUUUUGAUCUCCCUGAUUUUUGGACCCUGCUUCUUACAACACUGUUACGCGGACUAACAUCAAAAACACUCCUCAAACCAAACAAACUCCUCAAUCAUUGUCACUAGUUCGAAUGUCUCUAGUUUCUUGUUUCAAUCUUUUAUAUGAAACUAAUCAAGAACAAGAGAUUUCAUGUUGGCUUAUGUUUU